UACAUUACUUAAAUCAACUUUCUUUUAAAUAAAGAAACAAUAAUACAUUUACAUAGCCACCAUUCAAGUUAAGAUCUUCUCAAAGACUAAACAUGAAUAAGGUUGUUUUGUUAUUUAAUCUAAUAUUUGUUAUAAAUGUAAAUUCAUCAGAAAGUUUUAUCAAGGAGAAAAUGGAAGCCGAUGGUAUAAUACCCGACUCUAUCGACGUAGCUCCAUCAGCAAAGAUCACUGUGGUCUUUGACAGUGGUAAGGAAGUUGACUUUGGCCAUGAACUCACCCCUACCGAAGUAAAAAACGAACCUACAGUAAAGUGGGAGGCUGACCCUAGCAAAUACUAUGUCCUCUCGAUGGUCGAUCCUGACGCCCCCAGCAGAGCCGAUCCCAAAGUCAGGGAGUACAACCACUGGUUGGUGGGGAAUAUUCCCGGAAGUGAUGUUUCGUCACCGGUAGCUGACGUAAUUUCUCCGUUCCAGAGUUCUGGACCUCCAAAGGGUACAGGUCUCCACAGGUACAUUUUCUUGGUUUAUGAACAAAAAGAAAAAUUAACAUUUGAAGAACCAAGAGGAACUGCAUUUUCAAGAAUAAACAGAUUCAAUUUUUCAAUCAGGAAAUUCGCAAAAAAAUACAAUUUUGGAAAUCCAGUGGCUGGUAAUUAUUACCAAUGCCAAUGGGAUGAAUAUGUGGAAGAGAGAGCCAAAAAGAUUACAGAAUAACUUUGAAUUAUGCCUAUAAGUAUUUACAUAAUUUUUUAUAUUAAUAAUUUUGUAAAUAAAAAUUCUCAGCUU